AUGCCGGUCGCCCCAACAUGGUGCCAAGGUCCAGCGGUUCGCAUUCUCAAAGGAAGCGAAGGGCCAGCGACGUUUUUCUUUUUGGAAGACCCGUUGGCCCUCAGGCCACGGCGUUGUACAGCACAGGGACCAGCCGCGUCGUACCGGGCGGAAAUAUAUCCAAGAAGGUCCUGGGGCACGUGCCGACGCGCUAUCAGCAGUAUCACCCGCACCAGGUUGCUGCCGAGUGGUGUUGUAGAGGAAAAUCCCGGCCCUUCACUGCGAGGUAUGCAGUGGAACUCAGCUGGGCUUAUCCAGGCCGAGAGGCUUGCUCACCACAAAACCCUUGUUGAGGAGAAUGUGACAUUCUGCCUUCUAAGCGAGAAGAAACUAUCUUGUGCGGAAGUCUCGAGUUUCACAAUCGCUGGUUACCAACAUCAUGGAGUGUCCCACCCCUCUAAAGGAGGCGGUGUUUCGAUUCUUGCGCGCGAAGAUCUGCCAGUAGAAGUAGGACUCACCGUAGUUGCAAGCAUUGAGUAUGCUCAUGCAACGAUCCACAUGUCAGAAGGUCUGGCGCUCACAGUGACGUCAGCAUAUUCUUCCCUCCGGGGAGAUCAUGCGCAACUUCAGAACUAG